AAGCAUGUCAGAGUGAGUCAGUGUGGGGAGGCAGUAGCAGUUCUGUCUCAAAGAGAGAGAGCAGACAGAUAGAACAAGGCACUAUGCAGCUAGUACUAUAUUAUCCAGAUAUACACUAGGUAGGCAAGAGGACAGCGAUACUAGAAGGAUAACCCUAAGACAUUAUUCAGCUAGUACAGUAGGACACAUUAUACUAAAGAGAGGAGUGUACUGUUGAUUCUAUAGAAGAACUGACUAGACAGGACAAAGGAGACUGUUGAUUGUAGACAGAUAUGCAGCUUGUUUCAGUGAUGUAACUACUAGCUCACUAUCAUCCAACCCUCUCAGUCUACUGACUAAAGAGGAGAGAAGAGGAGAGCAAGACAGGAGAGGAGAAAGGCUAGGUUAAAGAGGACUUCCGGCGCAGCAGGUUGGAGGUGUGUGUGUACCAUGGCAGGGGCUCAGCCAGGGACACAUGCUCUGAAGCUCAAACCGCUGACCGUCCCCGACACUCUGAAGAAUGGCAGCCGCUUCAUGAAAUGGGACGAUGAUCUCUCGACAGUGACACCCAUCACCCUGACUGUGGAUCCACACGGAUACUUUCUUCACUGGACUGAUCAGAACAAGGAGACAGAGUUUUUAGACAUCACCCAUAUAAAGGAUGCCAGAACAGGGAAGAGCACCAAAACACCAAAGGAGGCGAAGCUGCGUGAGCUGCUUGAUGUGGGGAACCUGGUCGGUCGUAUAGAGAAUCGUCUGUUGACCGUAGUCACAGGACCGGACAUGGUCAACAUCACAUACCUCAACUUCAUGGCCCUGCAAGAGGAAGAGGCCACGGAGUGGGCUGAGGAGCUGUUCUCUCUGGCAUCCAACCUGCUGAGUCACAACAUGAACAGAGAAACCAGUCUGGAAAAAGCGUACGUCAGACUGACCUUGCAGCCAAACUCAGAGGGGCGGAUCCCAGUGAAGAACAUCGUCCGCAUGUUCUCAACAGACAAAAAGAGAGUGGAGACGGCCUUGGAACACUGCAACUUACCCUUUGGACGGAGCAACUCUAUUCCCCUUGAGGACUUCACCCCUGACGUUUACAGAUCUUUCCUCUCCCACCUCUGUCCUCGGCCAGAACUCAGCUCAGUCUUCUCUCAGCAGGGUGCUAAGGGUGCUUACCUGUCUGUGGAUCAGAUGACAGAGUUUAUUAACGAGAGGCAGAGAGAUCCUCGUCUGAAUGAGAUUCUGUAUCCUCCUCUCAGACCCUCUCAGACACAGACCCUGAUGGAGAAAUAUGAACUCAUCCAGAGCCUGCUUAAACAAGGGCUGAUCACAUUGGAGGGGUUCAGCAGAUACCUGGUGUCUGAUGAGAAUGGAGUGAUUCCGCCUGAGAAGUUAGACCAGUCUGAAGACAUGACCUUCCCUCUGUCUCACUACUUCAUCAACUCCUCACACAACACCUACCUCACAGCGGGGCAGCUGGCAGGAAGUUCAUCAGUGGAGAUGUACCGUCAGGUGAUGUUGGCAGGCUGUCGCUGUGUGGAGUUGGACUGUUGGAAAGGACGGACCGCAGAGGAGGAACCAGUCAUCACGCACGGCUUCACCAUGACCUCAGAGAUCUGCUUUAAGGAGGUGAUUGAGGCCAUUGCUGAGUGUGCUUUUAAAACCUCUCCUUUUCCUGUCAUCCUGUCCUUUGAAAACCAUGUGGACUCGCCAAAGCAACAAGCCAAGAUGGCAGAAUACUGUAGGUCAAUUUUUGGAGAUGCACUACUGAUAGACCCACUGGAGAAAUAUCCUCUGGAGUCUGGGGUACCCUUGCCAAGUCCUCAGGAGCUGAUGGGUAAGAUCCUCAUCAAGAACAAGAAAUCCCACAAGCCCUCGGCUGCCCAUGGCAACAAGCAACUGGCAGAGCAUCCAGCCAAUCAGAGCGCAGCAGAGGAACAGGCAACAGAUGAACCCUCGUCUCCUAACAACAUCACAGCCGGUGAAAUAGAGGCUGAAGACGAUGACGAUGAUGAUGGCGAUGACUGUAAGAAGACGUCAGAUGAAGGGACAGCAGAGGAACGGGAGGCCAUAGCUACAGAGGAGAUGUCCACUCUGGUCAACUACGUCCAGCCCACCAAGUUCAACUCCUUCGAGGCUUCCAAAAAGGUUAAUCGUAGCUAUCAAAUGUCAUCAUUUGUGGAGACUAAAGCUCUGGAGCACCUCACCAAGUCGCCCGUGGAGUUUGUGGAAUAUAACAAGCAGCAGUUGAGUCGUAUCUACCCUAAAGGCACGAGGGUGGACUCCUCCAACUACAUGCCACAACUCUUCUGGAAUGCUGGCUGCCAGCUGGUGGCACUCAACUUCCAAACUAUAGACCUGUCUAUGCAGUUGAACCUGGGCAUGUAUGAGUACAAUGGGAAGAGCGGCUACAGACUGAAACCAGAGUUCAUGAGAAGACCAGACAAACACUUUGACCCGUUCGCUGAGAGCACCGUGGACGGCAUAGUGGCCAACACUGUCAAGGUCAAGAUAAUCUCAGGCCAGUUUCUGAGCGACAAGAAGGUAGGUGUGUACAUAGAGCUGGACAUGUUUGGUCUUCCUGUGGACACCAGGAGAAAAGCCCUGAAGACUAAGACGUCCCAGAGCAACGCUAUCAACCCAGUCUGGGAUGAAGAGCCAAUUAUCUUCAAGAAGGUGGUUCUCCCCACGUUGGCCUCUCUGAGAAUCGCUGCGUUUGAGGAAGGAGGAAAGUUCAUAGGUCACCGUAUUAUCCCUGUGCCAGCCAUACGGCCUGGUUAUCGCUACAUCGGACUGAGGAAUGAGAAGAACCAGUCUCUGAUUCUGCCUGCUGUGUUUGUCUACAUUGAAGUGAAGGACUAUGUCCCAGACACCUUUGCAGAUGUAAUCGAGGCGCUGUCUAACCCCAUCCGGUAUGUGAAUCUCUUGGAGCAGCGAUCCCAACAGCUGGCUGCUCUCACUCUGGAGGAAGGGGAGGAGGAGACCAGUAAAGAGAUUGAGGCUAAUGCUGAUCAACCCGGGCUUGCUGAGCCAAAAGCCAACCUACGAUCUGCUCCUUUGGAGAACGGUCUCAGCCCCAGCCCUGCUGUCACACCCAGAACUCUGACUAAUACACCCCAGUCUGCAACUACAGUUGUUUCAGAACCAACCAAACCAGCAGCGAAGACUGAAGACAUGGUGCAGAGCGUUCUGAUAGAUAUGAAGGCGGCCACACUAGAGGAGCUCAGGCAACACAAGCUGAUAGUGCGGGAGCAGAAGAGACACUACAGGGAGAUGAAGGAUGUGGUGAAGAGACACCAGAAGAAGACUUUGGAGAUGGUGAAGGAACAGACCACCAAGUACAACCAGGCUCAGAACCAACACACACGCAGACACAACGCUCUCCUGAAGACUAAACAACAUGGUAAGACAAGAAGUUUGUCACCUGAAGGGAAGGCUGAACUGAAGCAGUUUGAGGAUGGAGAGGGGCAACUGAGGGAGCUGAGAGAACAACAACAGCAACAGCUACUGGAGUUGAGACAGGAACAAUACUACAGUGAGAAAUACCUCAAACGAGAACACAUCAAACAGAUGAGUGAGAAACUGACUACGGUGACUGAGGAAAGCCAGAACAACCAGAUGAAGAAAUUAAAAGACAUCUGUGACAAAGAAAAGAAAGACCUGAAAAAGAAAAUGGACAAAAGGAGAACAGAGAAAAUCAAAGAAGCUAUGACAAAAGAGAAGCACUUGGUAGAAGAGGGGAAGUUGGAGAUCAACAAAUCAUAUGUGAAUGAAGUGGUACAGAACAUCAAAAGGCUGGAGGAUGCUCAGGCAAAACGCCAAGAGAGACUGGUGGAGCAGCACAAAGACAUCCAGCAGCAGAUUCUUGAUGAGAAACCAAAGCUGCAGGGUGCAGUGGAGACGGAGUACCAGGAGAAGUUCUGUCUGUUGCCGGGGGAGAUCCAGGACUUCCUGCAGAACAGGAAAGAGGGGGUCAAAGGUCACGUCGUGCCCCGGCCCCCCACCCCCCAUGACAUACUCUCUGAGGAGGAACUAGAGGACCAGAGGAAGUGAGAAAGAGAGAAAGCGAGAGGAGAUGGAAAGAGAGCUUUUCUUCUUAAUAAAUGCUGGUUUACUACUGCACUCUAAAGGUAGUCCUGGAUAAUUUGUAUUGUUAUGUUAUCUGUAGCAUAUUGUAAACUUUUUGAGAGUUGAGAUUUGAUAUAUACUCUACAUUGUACUCUUGCCUGCCUUUAAUGGGGCUUCCAAGACAACUGGGAACUCUGAAGAAAAAAACGAGGUCAAUUCAUGAUGUCAGUGACUUUCCGGUUGGAAAGUCUGAGCUAUAGAAAGAUGCCAGAGUUUCGAGUUGGAAUUCUGAGUGGGAUGACCGUUCAAAACUAUUUUUACCAGUUGGAGCAAAAAAAAAUGUUGAGUUCCCAGUUGUCUGAACGCAUUGAAGUCAGAGAAACUUGCUGAUUCGUUGAACGCGGCACGAGUUUCCUAGUUCCGACUAGCAUGUGAACAUGCCAUGUCACCCGUGCAAUCGACGCAUUCCUACGUUAUACUUCCGUGUUUAUGUCCUUGUUAUUUUGAAUUGGUGAUUAAAUCAUCAAAUUCAUGAAAACGUGGUCAUAUAAGAUAUAUGAAGGAAUGUUUGUUAAUGAAUUUACUACUGCCAAAUGACUUUCAUUUAGAUUCUGCCCUAAGACCAUUCACUAUGUUUUCUGCCCUAAGACCAUUCUCUACGUUUUCUGCCCUAAGACCAUUCACUACGUUUUCUGCCAUAAGACCAUUCACUAUGUUUUCUGCCCUAAGACCAUUCACUAUGUUUUCUGCCCUAAGACCAUUCACUAUGUUUUCUGCCCUAAGACCAUUCACUAUGUUUUCUGCCCUAAGACCAUUCACUAUGUUUUCUGCCCUAAGACCAUUCACUAUGUUUUCUGCCCUAAGACCAUUCACUAUGUUUUCUGCCCUAAGACCAUUCACUACGUUUUCUGCCCUAAGACCAUUCACUAUGUUUUCUGCCCUAAGACCAUUCACUAUGUUUUCUGCCCUAAGACCAUUCACUAUGUUUUCUGCCCUAAGACCAUUCACUAUGUUUUCUGCCCUAAGACCAUUCACUAUGUUUUCUGCCCUAAGACCAUUCACUAUGUUUUCUGCCCUAAGACCAUUCACUAUGUUUUCUGCCCUAAGACCAUUCACUAUGUUUUCUGCCCUAAGACCAUUCACUACGUUUUCUGCCCUAAGACCAUUCACUACGUUUUCUGCCCUAAGACCAUUCACUACGUUUUCUGCCCUAAGACCAUUCACUAUGUUUUCUGCCCUAAGACCAUUCACUAUGUUUUCUGCCCUAAGACCAUUCACUAUGUUUUCUGCCCUAAGACCAUUCACUAUGUUUUCUGCCCUAAGACCAUUCACUACGUUUUCUGCCCUAAGACCAUUCACUAUGUUUUGCCGAUUGAAAACCAUUCAAAAAGCCAAUAAAAUUCUUGCUAUGUCACUUAGUCUAGUGUGGGGUUUGGUUCAAAUAAUCAGCUAAUCAUCCAGCUUUGAUCAUUUGAAUAAAUUGUGUAGUGUUAGGGCUCAACCCCAAACGGAACCCUCUGGGGUCCCGAGAGCCGGGUUUUGGAAACGCUGGUCUAGUGGCUGAACAGUGUGUUGCAUGAGGGCAAGCAAAGAACGUGUUCUUAUUCUACUGACUAUAUCUUGACUUGAGGCACGGUCCUGUUGUUCUGACCACAUGUGGUUCUUAUCUAGUCAUAGUGUUGGGGUAGUCAGUGGGCGAGAGGAGCGCCUUUUUGCACUAAAAUGUGGAUAAUUUGCUUCUGUUUGCACCACUGCUGGCUGUCUGUGCUUUUCUGUUAAAAUACGUUGCUACUGAAAAGGUUUCUUUAGGCCUUUUCACACUGCAUUGUUCUUAGCCCCAGGCAAAGACUGGUCCUGGGCUAGUUUAUCCUGUUUGCACAAGCAUUUGUUAACCCUGCCCUUAUAAAGAAAGAUUGCCGUUUUGAAACUGCAGUAAACGUGCAGUAACUGCGGUUGACUGUGGUAUUUUGGACACAGUAAUUGCAGAAUAAGGGUGGGCUUUAGCCCUGGGCCGAGGAUUCACACUUGUACAAACACACAUGGACCAACAUUCUAUCUCUGUCACUCGACCAAUGUUAAGCAAUAAGGCAUUUUUUUUAUUAACAAAUUAUUUCCUCUUGCUUUUAGUCUAGCAUUUUAUUUCCAACGGUAAUGGUUUGUAUAAAGCUUGCUGUCUGCCUGUCGGACCUGGUAAACAAUUAGGGUUGCCAACUUUUUCACUAACAAAUAAGGGACAAAAGGUGGCGUGCACGGCGGUGUGGGUAUGAUGCCGUGUGAAUGAAUAUACAGUGUAUAUUCUUAUUCAAUUGGAAAGACAAUCGUUUCUUUUGUAGGAUUUUUAAAACUCAGAUGGGAGGAUGAAGUAGUAUACAUUUACUUAAAAUACCAUGCAGGACGCAUCACAAGCAUAUGCCAAUUAAGUGAAUGUGUAGCUUUUGUGAUUGGACAGUGAAAAUUCUGCGUAUCACACUGGCUAUUUCACACACCGUGUUUCACACACACCGUGUUUCUGGGGCUAGAGCCGAAACGUCGGUGCAAGCCCUGGGCUAAGGUUGGUGCUAGCCCACUUUUUAAUGUGCAAGUGUGAACACUUGCUUAGUCCCGAGGUAAAAAUCUCCCUUAGACCAGGGCUAAGGAGGCUCUUAGCCCUGGGCUAAGGUGCAGUGUUGAAAGCACCUAAUCAUUGUUUUCUACUUGGUAUUAAUGCUUUUAGAGUUUUAUAUGCAUACGUUUUGCAAACGACAUUGAUCUGUUAUUUACAAAUGAUGAGCUGUUGAUUGUUUGGUUCCAUACACUUUCAGGGAUGCAUGACUUUAUGCAGUAUUUUUGUUGAAUGUUUAAAAUGUACUAUUAUAUGCUUAAUAACAUGGAUGUACUGGUUCAAUCAUAAUUAAUGACUUAGUUUCAUGUUAUUUAAUUAGUUUCCUUUUGGAUAUUUAAUACAAUUAUAUCCCAAUUCUUCAUCACCAUUUCCAACUCCUGAUGUAGUGUAAAAUAACCCCCAAAAAUGUCAGAUCCAACAAAGAUUUAGUAGUGGUUUCACAUGGGACCUGCAACAAUGUGUUGCAACUGGCAAAGUAUGUUUUUCUUGUAGCUGUUGUUUAAACUUUUUUUCUGUAAUUACUGCACUUUACUUCACAUCUGUUUGACUAUUUUACUGAGGCUAAAUGUCUGUUUUGAUAAACAAAAUUACUAUACUCUAGUAAUUACAAAAAAUAAAGUAUCACGUUUGAUCUCAAAUUUGUAUCAAUAAAAAUACAUGAAUAAUAUAGGAAGAAAACAUAUGUAAACAUGUUAUGAAAUUCCAAACCGUGUUUAACUCUCUUAUUGAAUAGGAUUCUGGUAGUUAUUUGAAUGUUUAUGAAGUAUAUAAUUGUAUUGGAUUUAUUUGUAUAUAGUUGUAUUUGUUUGGUUGCAGUAUUAUAUUGAAUAAUAAUAAAAAAGUCAAAGAUAA